AUGUCCCAAGGUUCAAGACUCCAAGGCAAGGUUGCCAUCGUCACCGGAGGAGGUAAUGGAUUCGGCGCAGCUAUCGCUCGACGAUUCGGCGAAGAGGGUGCCAAAGUGAUCGUUACCGAUAUCAACGUUGAGGGCGGCGAGAAAGUCGCCUCGCAGAAUCCUUCCAACCUCAUCUUUCAGCGCCAAGAUGUCACACAAGAAGCGGACUGGAAUAUGGUGUUGGAUUUGGCAUUCUCCAAGUUCGGGCGAGUGGAUGUGUUGGUGAACAAUGCGGGCACUAGCUAUCGCAACAAGCCGACAGCAGAGGUCACAGAGGAAGAGUGGGAGCGUGUGUUUAAAGUCAAUGUGAAGAGCAUUUAUCUUUCUACAAAGGCCCUGAUGCCGCGUUUCAUCGAUCAAGGCCAGGGUGGGUCGGUGAUCAACAUCUCCUCCACGGGAGCAAGUCGACCACGGCCUGGAUUGGUUUGGUAUAAUGCCACCAAGGGGGCAGUCACUAAUGCGACCAAAGGUCUUGCCGCGGAGUACGGUCCCCACAAUAUCCGAUUCAACACUGUCGCUCCUCUUCUUUCUGGUACUGGACUGUUUUCCAUGUUCACUGGCAUGGAAGAUACCCCUAAGAACCGAGAGAAGUUCAUCGGAAAUGUGCCAUUGGGCCGACUCACUGAUGUGGAUGAUAUCGCCAACAUGUGCCUGUACCUGGCCAGUGACGAGGCUCGUUUUAUCAAUGGCACUGAGAUGGUAGUGGAUGGUGGAAAGUGUGUUUAG